AUUCAUAACAUCGCCCAUGGUUUCGAAGGCCUUGAUACUCGCCAUUCUACUACGGUCCUUGGCUCUCCUCCUCCCUCAAACAUUCUUCCAGCCAGACGAGUUUUACCAAGCAUACGAGCCGGCCUUCUUUCAGGCCUUUGGAUCUGGGUUCUUGACGUGGGAAUGGCGUGAUCUGCCCGCGAGUGGGGGAAGCGGCGGUUGGUGGAGUACUACAGUUGCCAGCGGGAGGCUGAGGGGAUGGCUCUGGCCCGGAGUGUUCUACCUCAUCUAUCGACUGCUCGCGGCUUUGGGUCUCGAGGGAACGGAAUGGAUUGUUUUGGCUCCAAGGAUAGUCGGUGUCCUCGUUGCAGCUUUGACAGAUUACUCGACAUACUUGCUGGCAACAAAGGUUUUGGGCUCUGGUUCAGCCUCAGGAGCUCUGCUACUAUCUCUGACUUCUAUUUUCAAUGCGCACCUCCUCCCACGGGCCCUGUCGACAUCACCGGAGACGCUUCUCACGACAAUAGCGCUCUGCCUCUAUCCUCUUCCAGCGCCUGAGAGUGGCUCUAUUCCUGAAGACAGCGGCAACGCACACUCGCCAAAGACCCGUCAAGUGUCUCAGAUCGACUACGGAGCGGCAGAUCGCAUUGAAGGUGUUGAAAGCUGUCAACCGCCGUCGACAAACCUUGUGGCUGCUGCGUUCGUAGCUGCGCUAUCGAUCUGCAUACGACCCACGAUGCUGGUCUUCUGGGGCUAUCUGCACCUCGAGUCCACUAUCGUGGCUUGGCGGACGGGCGGGUUGCGCAGCGCAACAUUGAUGACGAUCAUGACACUUGCCGGAGGCCUGAGCAUGUUGGCCAUAUCCACACUGGUUGACUGGCUCUUUGUGGGCCGACUCGUCUUCCCAGUCGCAACCUUCUUUCACCAAAACAUUCUCCUGAACAUUGCGGCGUCCUACGGCGCAACCGGGCUUGCGUAUCACGUCACACAGUCGCUUCCCAUCCUGCUCUUCCCUAUUUGGUACUGGUGGGGUCAAGGAUUCGCUGUGGCUUUGCUCCCUCGGUCGAUUUUGCCUUGCGCCCUGGCCGACCUCGACGCGCCCAAGCCGUUGUCAACGCUCGCGAGGAGUAUCACAUUUGCCCUCGGCGUUCUCUCACUGUCACCCCACUCGGAAUGGCGUUUCAUUCACCCACUACUGCCACAGCUGCUCUUGUUCGCGCUCCCGGCACUUCAUAAAACGUACCAACCGACGGGGAUGAGCGCGUCGUCCUUCCUCCAGUCCCUGCGGCAGUACUGCCGCGUCCCUCGCAAGGCAUUCUACCUUAUCACUCUGGCUCCGAUCGCGCCUUAUCUCUACCUCAAUGUUUUCCAUGGAGCGGCCCAGGUCGGUGCAGUCAGCUCCUUGAGGCGAGGCGAAUUUGGACCAGUCACUGGCGUGGUGGCUCUCAUGCCGUGUCAUUCGACCCCAUGGGCUAGUCACGCUGGAGCUGCUAUCCCGGGAUGGUUCUUGACCUGUGAGCCUCCUCUAGCAAAUCGCCCGGACCGCCAAACCGAAGAAGAGAUGUUCUACUCGUCGCCCGUGUCGUAUCUCAAUCGCGACUUUCCUCGUUCACCGUCGGCAGCCGAGGCCUCUGGCCGGAGAUUGGAAGAUGCCCCAUCUCAUGUCUUGCUGUUUGGUGAGCUGUUGCGUCGCAGCGACAAUGAUGGGGCACAGGAAACUGUGGCGCAUGUUCUUGGUCGUCUGGGCUACCAUGAACGCGCGCAUUUAUGGAACGGGUUUGACGUCGCUCAAGACGAUCAUCGUCGGCGUGGCGGUGUUCGUGUGUGGACACGAGACGAGCCUGAAGAGCGUGGUGAAGGUCAGCCACCUCGUAUAGAGCUCUGAACCAAUAACAUGGG